UGGUUUUUUGCAAAAAAGAAAAGCUAUUUUCCCAUUUUAAUGGAAAUCUAAUUUACUUAUAUUUUGCCGAUAAAUUAUUUGAUAUUGAUUUAAAAACGUCUGCAUUUGGCAUUUAAUUAAUAUCCAGGCUGGCUUUGUGAUAUUUGGUGCGUGACUGCUUUGCAUACGGCCUGGAACGCGGCCGCCAUUUUUGAGCUGUGCGUUUUAGUAGCCAUAGGCUACGUCAGAGUGCCAAAUUACUGAUGGCGCAGGAGGCGGACAUAAUGAUUAAUUAUCACGACGGAUUCGAAAAAUUAGACCGGAAAAACAGCCGUUAUCCUUAUUGUAUCGUUUGGACACCUAUUCCAAUACUGUCGUGGUUGCUCCCCUUCAUUGGUCACAUGGGGAUCUGUACUUCUGCAGGCGUGAUAAGAGACUUCGCUGGAUCGUACUUAGUGUCUGAAGAUAAUAUGGCCUUUGGAAGACCAACAAAGUACUGGAAGCUUGAUGUUGAUAAGGUGUGUGGCACUGGCUCAGCUGCCUGGGACAAAGCGGUGCACGAUGCAUCGGAGGAGUACAAAUGCAGGCCGCACAACCUCUGCUGUGAUAACUGCCACUCCCACGUGGCCCGGGCCCUCAACCUCAUGCGCUACGACAACAGAACGUCCUGGAACAUGGUCAACCUAUGCCUGCAGACUCUUAUCCAUGGCAGGCAUGUCAGCUGUGUGUCAUUCCUCAAGACCUGGCUGCCCUUCCUCAUGCUGACUGGAGCCCUCGUCACCUUCAUCCUAACACUCAACCUGCACUGACCACACAAGGGAGGGGGCGAUGGAGGAGGGGAGAGAUAAUACAAGGGAUUUUCCUGCUCAGUUGUAAUCAUGAAAGUGAAUGAAGAAGAGGAAUGUUCCGAUGGGACACUUCUUUGUGCAGUACUAAUAUCCACACUCUCCGACAUCCAUCAGAAAGGUGUCUCAUGAGGGCAGUUAUGGCCAGCUGUUCUGGCUUGUUUUGAAGUACCUUUUACUCGAUAACAGAAAGGAAUGUCGUAUAAAUGAAUGUUUGGCUUGGGAUAGUCAUAACCAUAAAUAUAGAACUGAUAUAGCGUCUGCUAAAUGACAAUAAUUGGAACGGAAAUAUAUCGUCUAUGGUCAUAAAUUCAUACUGGUCUCUUACUGAACCCCAUUUAACCAGUAUAAUAACAGCUCAACAUCAUUUUACUUUGUAAUUGUUUACUGUAUUUUAUCAGACAGUAUUUGUUCAUGCAAUACUGUAAGUUCUCUGAAGCAACAUGCUCAGGAAUGUUAAUAUACUGUACAGUAGUACAUAAUCAUGACCAAGCAUUUGAUAGAAUUACAGUAAUUAUGGGCAAUAGGCUAUACCAUAUAGGCUAGUAAAGUUAAAACAAAUUGUAUUUGUCAUGCUUCGUAAACAACAGGUGUAGACUAACAGUGAAAUGCUUCCCAUCAAUGCAGAGAAAAAUCAAAUAUAUACAUAAUAGAAAGGUAAUAAUAAAUACACAGUAACGCUAACCUUUCUAUAUAUACAUGGGGUAGCAGUACAGAGUCGAUGUGCAGGGGUACGAGGUAAUUGAGGUAGAUAUGUACAUAUAACUAGGAAUAAAGUGACUAGGCAACAGGCUAGAUAAUAAACAGUUGUAGCAGCAUAUGUGAUGAGGCAAAAAGGGUCAAUGCAGAUAGUUAACCAAAUAACUACCCAGACUAUUUAGCUAAACUAUUAAACAGUCUUAUGGCUUGGGGGCAGAAGCUGUUCAGGGUCCUGUUGGUUCCAGACUUAAUGCAGCGGUCCUACCGCUUGCCUUAUGGUAGCAGAGAGAACAGUCUAUGACUUGGAUGGCUGGGGUCUUUAACUGCCUGUUAUUGAGGGCGGCACGUAGCCUCGAGGUUAGAGCGUUGGGUUUCGAAUACCGGAUCCACAAGGUGAAAAACAAACACACUUGUGUGUAGCAGGACAAAUAUAUGCACCGCCCAAAUUAUGUGUUAUUUAUUGGAACAAAUAUAAAUAAAUGUACAUAUUAUGCA